CGCCCGCGCGCCCUCCUCGCCGCCGACCGCGCGGCACUCAGACCUCCGAGCUCCACAGGCGGUGCUGGCGGCGGUAAAAUGUCGGUUCCAGGACCCUACCAGGCAGCCCCAGGGCCUUCCUCGGCGCCAACCGCACCCCCGACCUACGAAGAGACGGUGGCCGUUAACAGUUACUACCCGACACCUCCGGCGCCUGUGCCCGGGCCAACCACGGGGCUGGUGACCGGCCCGGAUGGGAAGGGCAUGCAUCCUCCUUCGUAUUACACCCAGCCAGUGCCCGUGCCCAACGCCAACGCAAUUGCCGUGCAGACCGUCUACGUGCAGCAGCCUGUCUCCUUCUUCGACCGUCCGAUCCAGAUGUGCUGCCCAUCCUGCAACAAGAUGAUCGUGACCCAGCUGUCCUACAACGCCGGCGCCCUCACCUGGCUCUGCUGCGGCAGCCUGUGCCUGCUGGGGUGUGUGGCCGGCUGCUGCUUCAUCCCCUUCUGCGUGGACGCCCUGCAGGAUGUGGACCACUACUGUCCCAACUGCAAAGCCCUCCUGGGCACCUACAAGCGCUUGUAGGACUUGGAGCCGGAGGGAGCGAGCCGCGCUGCGGGAAGCCCCCGGGAGAGCCGCCUCUCCGAGGGACCCACCUUCGAGUCUUCUUUUGGGGGGAAAACGUCACAAAAGUCACAGACCUCCAAGCCCCGGAAACUGCUGCUUGGAAUCUGCACAGGACAUGCAAAGACGCUGACCUUGGGUGCUGCCGGCCCCAGGGUUUCCCGCCACCCGUGACCCCAGGUCGUCCCGAAUGGCUGUGAUCGUUGCCCAGCUGAAAACCUGGUGAUCUGCCACCGGCCGGCUCCUCCUGCCUCAGUGGCCUUCCUGGUGGUGGCUCCACUCCGAAGCCGCCGCCUGCCUUCUCUGAUCGCCCUGCCCCGCUGUGCGGAGCCAGCCCGCAGCCCGUCUGCCCACCCGCCUCCUCCCACCCCCGUGACACAGAUCUGCCUUACGACUUUACGGGCUUGGCUUUUAGGUUCUGUAACCGCAGACUCCUUUAGCAAUCGAGCUCACUUUAAUUUCUUGAUGUCUUUUUUAAAGUGCAAGGAAGGGCCAUUCACACCCAGCAGACACACCCGCGAGGCCACACUCGCAAAGUAAGAGAAAGAGGGGCCGGUGGCUGCCCCGGCCUCGUUUCUCGUGCCAGAUCCUUAGCAACACUUUACAUGAAGGGAUUUUCUUUCUUUUUUUCUCCUCAUGGAGUAAUUUAACGGUAUUAACAGUUUUCAUGGCCUCUCUGGUCUUCAGACACCUUCGAACCUCGUUAUGAAGGGAGGGUUUAUAGAACCAUCUUCUAUAACUGUGAUGGGGAUUGUUCUCCCAUUUGCCAGAGGGGGUGCCCGCUGUCUUCUGAGACAGGGUCUCCCUGUGACGCCCGGGCUGGCCUUGAACUCCUGGGCUCGGGCCGUCCUCCUGCCUCACCUCCCGAGUAUGGGGACCUCGGGUGCUCACCGCUGUGCUUGGUAUGAACAGAAAAAGAAGUGGAUACUUCCAUCCACCGCCUUUACACGGCCUCUUGUCUCAGGAGCCCCUGCAAGUGGGGUCCCCUCUGGAGUUCCGGGUGGUACAGGAAGUCCUCCUUGGUCAGGUCCAGAUGCAGAGACCCAGCCGAGGCCUGGAGCGAAAAUCUGUAUAUUGGUUGAAAAAUUAGAGUCAUGAUCAUUGAUCCUGUUGCUCCAUCUGAUGUUCUGAACUUGCCAGUAAUUGUGUUCUGCAGUAAUAAUGGAUGCCACACGAUACUUUUGGUGUUCUCUGCUUUUUUGAAAAAAUAAAGUCUUUGGUUCCUUGGGUGAA